UACACGAUGGAAUCUACCUACAGCGCUAACUGUAGAAUCCCUGAGGACUGCUGAAGAGGGUGAUGAUCUUUUUAUAGCUGAGAGGGCCAGAGCUGACAAUAUAGGCCUUACUAAAAUUGGUGACAGAGUAGUAGGAAGCUAUGAAAAUGAAGUUCUCGCCGUAGAAUACCUGCAAAAUCUUCUGCUACAAAUUCAGGACCAAGCGAUCAACAAUAAAAGUGUUCAAAUCAGUAUUGAAACUAGCAGUGGUGGUUACUACUUGUCGGGUACACGUGGUUUAACUAACAUGUAUGCCAAUGUUACAAAUGUAGUAGCCAGAUUAUCUGAUGUCAAAAUGAAAGACUAUGCUCUCCUUGUCAAUUGUCAUUUUGACAGUCAUUUAUUAGCACCUGGAGCUGCUGAUAAUGGCCUAAACUGUGCUGUGAUGCUAGAAGUUUUGAGAGUAUUGUCCAGAAGCAGAACCACUCUAAAAUACGAUGUAGUCUUUCUUUUUAAUGGCGCUGAGGAAAACCCACUUCAAGGUUCACAUGCAUUUAUCACCACCUCCAAAUGGGCCAAUAUUGUUAAAGUUGUCUUAAACUACGAUGCCGCAGGAAAUGGUGGCAGAGAAUCACUAUUUCAAGAUGGUCCAGGGAAUAGUUGGUUGACGGCAUACUAUGCAUCAGUGGUACCACAUCCUUCAGGAUCUUCAAUACUUACAGACGUUUACGAGUCCGGCCUUAUUCCGUCGAAUACAGAUUUUGCAAUCUUCCGAAAGUUCGGCAAUAUACCUGGUCUUGAUAUGGCACACAGUUUAGGAGGAUAUAUUUAUCACACAUCACUGGAUGACUAUCAUAGGAUUCCAAAUGGUACUUAUCAAAACACUGGGGACAAUAUGAUGGCUCUUGUUAAGGCAUUAGCCAAUGCCGAAGAACUUGAAACAGCCACUGCAGCCUCAACAGGCACUGUAGUUUUCUAUGACUUUUAUGCGAUUUUAUUCAUUCGAUAUACAUGGACCGUUGGAAUUAUUAUCAAUAUCCUUGUGGUAUUAAUCGCACUGUGUGGACCAUUGCUGUUUAUAUACACCAGUCCGUAUUUAAAGAACACUCUGGUUAUGUUUACUAUUAAUUUUAUAUCGCAGCUGAUAGGUAUCAUUUUGGGAAUCGGCCUUGCUAUCCUUAUAUGUCUAAUUACAGACUGGGCUAAUAAACCCAUGUCUUGGUUCACUAGGCAGUGGCUACUCAUUGGUCUGGUAUGGACACCAACCAUGAUACCUAUGCUGAUCGUCAAUGCCAUCCUUGGCAGGACACCCCUUACGAAGGUGAUGAGCGAGAAUUCAAGGUUUGGACGUAUUCAAGGGAUAGUACUCCAAUGCGAAGCUGUUACGGUAUUGUGGUGCAUCGUCUUACUGAUCGGGCUCAUUGCAGGUUUGAAAUCUUCAUAUGUGUUGACGAUGGUUUGUGGAUUCAGCUCAUCUGCUCUUCUAAUAUCUGCUAUAUUACGUUUGGAAAGACACACGAUUUGCUGGCUUUCGGUCUACGUAGUCAUAGGGCUCCUUAUUCCGAUUUUGUAUGGGUUUUGGACCGUCAAUUUUAUGUCUUCAAUAAUAUCUAUAAUGGGAAGAGCAGGAUCACAGAUCGUUCCUGAUCUUUACGUAUCUGCACUCUACGGUUUAAUUUCCGUGAUUUUCUGUAGCUUUUGGGCACCGUUGAUAUGCCUUUUAGAACGUCCUUGGACUCUUAUAACUGGUUUUAUACUUGCUACACUUAUCAUACUCUUUGGUGUUCUCUUCACAACUUUGGGAUUCCCAUACAGUGGUGAACCCACUGACCCGUCACCAGAAAGGUUCUGGCUCAUUCACACUCAAAGAACUUUUCAUGAUAUCAGUGGCAACGUCAUUGCUACUGAUGCAGGUUACUGGAUCCUAAACCUAGAUAGAAAUAGUCCGAAACUGAUUCAGGAAGCAGUACCAGAGUUACAAAAUGCUAAAGUAGUUGAUGUCAGUUGUAAUAAUAAUAUUACGUACUGCGGAAUGCCCUUGUGGAAGACCAGAGAUAUUCCGCUUGUAAACAAGAGCGUUUGGGUUUCUUCAAAAGCCCCAACCAUUAAUCAGACUGAAGAAUCAAUAUUAACAGCGGCUUGGAAUAGUACCACUGACGAAGCUAGAAGAUUGUACUUGAACGUAUCGGGAUCAAAUCGUUUGAAUCUUAUUUUGGUACCUCGUGCGGGUGUAGUGCUCAACUCUUGGUCACUGCUUGACAACGUUACUACAACCAUCACGUGGAAUGACAGACCACUUUAUUUCAUUUUGCUAAGUUCAGCAUCGGAUCCAGCAGGUCCUUGGCAAUUGUGGCUAGAUAUGACGGUUUCCACGGAUGUGGAUGCCGUUAUCGAUAUCCUCUUCGUCAGCCAUUACUUUUUAUACUCAAGAUUGGCGGAUUUACCCUAUAAAUCCAUUUUAAAUCAAUUACCACCAUGGGUAGUACCACUGCAUUGGACAUCAACAACAAAAUCAUAUAUUUUUUGAAAAAUUGUCUAAAUGCAGUUUCUACCGUACUUUAUUAAUGGUGAAGGGAAUAUUGG